UUGUCGCGGUCUGUGACGCGCCAUCCUACUGUGUAAUAAUGCUUAUGACGUUCUGAAUCAGAGGCUCGCCUGGGGAAACAAGUGUGGGAGGCGACCUAGGCAGGCAAGCCCACUCAGGUCUCUUCUAGCUCGCUAGUGCAGCCAAGUCGUUUUCUCACCCACUCCUCGGUCCUGAUUGAUUUCUGGGGUGCAGCCUCAUUCAUCUUGACGGGCACACCCUGCAACAAACGAUACCGCCACAGACUCCUCCCUACUUCCCAUCACUAUGUGGGUUCUUGAGAGCGACGGCGACCUUUUCCGAGGUCGACGACUUUGGCUUUCCCCAGGGAAGCGAUACCUGUUCGGCCGAACUUCUCAAGAUGGCGGGGGUGGGGGCUUCGUGAUCCAGGAAAAAACCAUCUCGAGAAAGCACCUCACGAUAGAGGUAGGCGUGGUUGCCGGGGGCGAUGGUACAAACCUCGAGAAGCGAUCGCUCGUCACCAUCGAAGAUCUCAAGACAAAGAUAGGCACUUUGGUCAAUGGGAAACAAAUCAGGGGUGAGCGUUUCAAUCUCAUCAAGGACGCGAACGAGAUCAGACUCGGCCACUAUCGAGAAGUCUUCCGCAUAACGUGGCACCCAGUUGUUCUCAGCUUCUCCUUUAGUGAGAAGGAGCUAGAGGCAGACCCGUGGGCUGCCAUACGACACAAGCUCGAGCCAUUUGAUGUCAAAUACAUCGCGGAAUAUGACGAUGCGAACACCACGCAUGUAGUCAGCAAGAGGCGCAACACGUCCAAGGUGCUACAGGCCCUCAUUACUGGCAGGCAUAUCGUCGUUGAAGGCUUCAUGCAGGCAAUUGUCGAGGCUGCCACGCCAAAGGCUGGCGGUGUGAAUGGUGUCCAAUCCAGUGCGUUAGAAAUGGACUUUGAUGCGAAUUGGCCCAACGCUAUGGGGUAUCUGCCGCCAAAGGCGGAUGCUCCCGGUGCCGACCGACCUGAUGAGAUGUUCGCGCCGGACAAGAGACGACGGAAUGUUUUCGAAGGUUAUACAUUUGUCUUCUACGAGAGAAGGCGUUUCGAAGAGUUGCACCCUGCUAUUACGAACGGCAAGGGGAAGGCGCUACUGAGUGAAGUACAACCGGGUCUCACAAGCACCGACGAGUUCAUACGUUAUGUCAAAGGAAUCGCAGGGGAGAAAGGCCUGGGAGAGUUCGAGGACGGCAGCGAAGGCAAGGGAGUUGUGGUAGUCCGCUACGUGCCCUCGCCGGGCCAGGAGAACGCGGAUUGGUAUCUGAGCUUCUACAGCCAGGUCGCGCUGCGGCUUGAUCAUCGUCCGGUUGAGCCUAGAGAUUUUUUGCCUGCCAUUCUCGAUGUUGACCCAGGUCAACUGAGAAGACCAUUGGAAUUCGACUCGACCCAACGGGAGCAAGCUGGACCCCCGGGAGAGCAUGAGGUUAGCAGUGAAAGCCGCGGCUUAUCAGUGAAUGUUGACGAAGCCCCUGGGAGAGAGGUCAUCGAGGCGCAGCCGCCCCAGCCCACCAAGACGCGAAGACGAGACCGACGUGCCCCAAGGAGCAGAUUCAAGGGUUUCGAUACUGGAAUAGAUGAAGACGACGAUGACGAGGAGCCUGGUCCUGCAUCCCGAUCCGACGCAGGAGGUGCAGAAAUGUCGCAGGGCAUGUUCAUGACGCAGCCAGAAGAAACACCAACCGUGGCAGAUCCGCCGCAGCGCAAGCGGCCGUUGCCAGAACCCGACCACGAUAUCAUGGACGACAUCACGCCCACGGCUGCCGCCAUCAAGCGCCGUCGGCUCGAGGCUGGCGAAGAGAACAACCCUCCAGGGGACCACACCACCCUGCCCGUGCGAGACGAGGUAGACCAUGAGCCCUUACAUCCACAACAAAUGGGCACUGGCCGUGGGAAGGCAGCAGUGGGCGGCAAGAAAGGAAAAAGGGCUGUCCAGAGAGAAGAUGACCUUCUGGAUCUUGCUAUCCAAUACCGAGAGGAGGAGGAAGCAACUGCGCAGGCGGAACGUGAGCGUCUCGCACGGGAACUGCGGGACGGUGACAUUGACUACGAGGCGAUACGGCGGCUAACUAUCGUAGAAGCCAUGGACAUCCGGCGACCACAAGAACGACGAACACGGGAGCAAGACAUUCAGGAGGGGCGGUGGGAUCCACGGUGGAACGGCCGGAAAAAUUUCAAGAAGUUUCGCAAGCAGGGCGAGACUGCCGGAAGGCCGCAGCAGAAGGUGAUGGUGUCUCUCGAGCCGGCACGAGUCAAGGUGCACGGCAUUGGCAACGACUAUUGGCUCGAAGACGGAUUCGCACAAGGCCGCAGGGGCAAGGAAACAAGCCAGUUGGCAAAUAGCCAGGACGAGGCCGGGCCCAGAUUGACUACGGGGCGUGCCCGGCGGCCGACCAGCAGGGCGAAGGAAAGAGAUCAAUAUGUCAUCGGGAGUGAUGAUAGCGGUGAUAACGACGAGGCUGACGCAGGCAACGGCAGUUUGCUGGCCGAUGUCAUGGACCCAGAGGGUAGCCGUGAGCCUGCGAGGAGCAAGAAGGGCAAGGCAGUUACGAGACAAAGCCAGGCAGCAGCGCGACGAAACGAGACGCAAGCCCCCGUCGCGUCGAGAUCACAGAAGAGGAGUGCUGUGGAAUCACCGACGUCAGAGAAGCCAGCCAAGAGGCGGGCGGUACGCAGGGCGGGGGCGGCGGAGGAGGAGAGCGAGGAGGAGGAGGGUGACGAUGAUGAAAGUGACGAUGGACUGAAUUUCAGGUUUGGCAAGCGCAGGUGAAGACCAGGCAUCUCGCUGUGUUGUGAGGACGAUGGCGGCUCAUCACAUUGCUCUCAGCGGGGCGGUAGGGGACAGGCUCAACUGGCCGCCCUCGGGCUUCUUUUCGUUCAUCUACCUGCUGGAGGGUCGGGGUCAUGUUCACCGACCGCGGUUGGCUCAUGAUAUGUAUGGGAUGAGGGGUAUCUAUUGCCGCCCACGUCGGCGGCGUGUCUAGGUUCAAAACUUAUUGGGCUGGCCACACGGGGCAACCACCGGCGGUGUGCAUCAUCCUAGUGUACGGAGAAGGUAUGGCCGAAAGUAUGGCCGUGUGGAUGCAGCGGCGUCUUUUUUUUCUUUUUAGGCGGACGAAAGAGGUCGGAGGCGGGUGAUCAGUCCAACUCCUCCAUCGCCUUGCCCACCUGCUGCUCGACGUCAUGCUCGUCCACUAGUAUGCCUAUCAGGCAGGCACUCAGCAUGGUCUCGUAGUUUACCCAAGGAUGUACCUCGGCGAACAUCCGAGUGGCGUCACGACCCGCGCCGCGGAGCAGCUCGGCCUCGCCGCCAGGGUGGAAGCUGAUGUAGGGGGAUAUGUUGUAGACCUUGCCGGAGAAGACGGACCAGGCGUCCUUGCCCUUGCGGCCGGUCAUCUGUCGUAGCUGUGAGGGGGUGACACGGAGGUACGGGGUGGAGGGGGGCAGGCCGCGCAGGUCAGAGGUGGGCGAUUGGGCGAGGCGGGCCCAGUCCAUCGGGGAGUGACCUGGUGUCAGCCUCACCUGCCUUGAGGGCUUGGUGGGCACUGAAGAAUGGGUGGGCGGCGGCGCGAGGGUGGAAGUGCCCGGGGCGCGGCUGGAGACCGGGAGCGAACGGUUGGGCGAGGGCGCGGGCGAGGGGCGGAGCGAGGAGCUGUUGUUCCUGGCGGCCGGGGCGAGGGUUGAGAUGCGUCGUGCUUGCGCCAGGGGCACGGGGGGAGGCGCCAUGGCAGAGAGGGAGGGACCGGCGGUCGAGGAGGAUCCCGGGGCCUGGGCCUGGGCCUGGGGCCGCGACGGCGGCGGCGGCGGCGGCAUGAGAUCAGAGGCGGCUGACGGCUUGCUUGUCGUGGCAGACUGGUCGGCGGGGGGCGAUGGCAGAGGUUCUGACAGCGAGAAGCCGGGGACGACAGGGCGGAUCACGGCGGGAAUGCUUGGGGCGGCCUUGGGGGUGGCCUGACCGUCGCCGUCAGUGUCGCCGUCAGUGUCGCCGUCAGUGUUGCCGUCAACGUCGCCAUGAGCAUCACCGGGGGGCGUGUCGAGUCCGGGAUGUGUUGGUUGCUCGCGGGGGUUCAAGUGCUGGUGGUCGGGCGUCGGGCUCUGGCGGCGGAGGCUGGCGACGAGGUUCCGGAGCGGCAGCCAUGCUGGGGGCCGGAUGCAGAAAAGCACAACGGAGGCGACUAUCAGCGAGAUGCCGAUGAGAGCCAUCGUGUUCUUCUCUCCCAGGGCGUCCGUCCGUCUAUGGUGUUGCUGUCGGGUCGAGGCAGUACUGUGACUGUGGUACAUCAUACCUACCCAGCACGGACCGAGUACAACCGCCUUCUUCGGGGCCCACUUUGCCGCACCAGGGGUCUCCUGGUACGGAUACAGUGAUACAGUGAUACAGUGCCCGGCUGCCACAAAUAGCAGCCAGGCAUGCGGCAGCACGUAGUAAACAAUGGUCCUGCC